AUGUGGUACGUUUACAAGUAUGGCGCCGAUAUCUACCGGGAAUACAUCAACCGGUACUGCUACAUGGACGGUCUGUUGGGCAUGAAGUACUACUCAGAUAUUAAGAGCUCGUGUUACUACUUGUUGUUGUCAGAGCAAUUAAAGUUUAUAAAUAGAAUGUUUGGAAUGCGGAUACUACUCAAUACUUUAAGUUUGCUUAUUGAUAUGGUUCACUCGAUAAAUCUUGCGGUGAAGGUUAUAAUCGGAUCACAGGAAGCGGCAGUAAAAUUUUGUCCUGCAAUAGGAUCUUUGGUCCGAUUGCUAAUGUGUGCUGUUUUGUUGAUAUCCAUCGUGUGGCGCAGUGAGAAGGCUUACGAGCAGAGAAGUAGGCUAAUGUGUCUUAUUGACAACCUCCUUGUCAAUAAAAAGAUUGAUGAAAGUAUAGUAGAGGACAUCAAGGAUUUUCACUCCCUGAUACAAGCCCGCCCGAUCUCGUUCAGUAUGGCUGACUUUGUCCGAAUUGAUAAUUCUUUUCUUGUUUCCAUUGUGUCUGCUGUUGUUACGUACUCUAUAAUAUUGUCACAAAGUGUCAAUUAA